ACUCACAGUACCUCAUUUAUUCGACUGGUGAACGUCGCAUUAUUGUGGUGUGGUAGCGCUCGUAGUCGUGGUGCACUGUCUCCAGCACGUUGUUGCAAAACAAAAAAACACUCGUGUAGUUCAAAAUAGCGCGUCGAACUCUUAGAAAAAGGUGUUUUUAAGAUCGUUUUUGUUAUAAUGUGUGUAAUGUAAUGGCAACUGAAAGCGAAACAACAAAUCACACAACGCCGGCGGCGAUCGGGGAUGACAAUAAAGCUACCAAGGAAGGCAGUGAUGAUUGCACACUGGAUGGUAUAUUGGUGCGUAUCGGACAAUUCGGACGCUUCCAACUGUUCAAUUAUGUCCUGCUAUGCAUACCCAUGAUUUUCAAUGCGUUCUUCUCCAUCUCCUACGUGUUUACGGCAAGUACAGUGGUGCACAGAUGCUUUGUGCCGCAAUGUGAUAGCCCCGCGAGUGAUUAUUAUGAACCUUGGCUCAAUUACACGAUACCCAUGAAGGGUUCUAGCUACGAGCAGUGCACACGCUUUGCUGCUACGAAUAGAACUGAGGAUAUAAUGGCGGAAUAUACCAAUCCAUCGAGUGAAUUUUGUACACCUGCAUAUUUCAAUCAAAGUAAUACCGAGAAAUGUGGAAAUGAUUUGAAGUUUCGCGAUGAAGAAUAUACCAUAUCUAAUGAGUUCUCCAUCUUUUGCUCGGAUAUAUGGAUGUUGACAAUGGUCGGUACGAUAAAUAAUAUUGGGCAAUUUGUCGGUAUACCAGUGGGUGGUUUUUUUGCCGAUCGCUUUGGUCGUCGCACAAUGCUUGCCGUUGGCGGUUUUCUUAGCGCCGUUAUGGGUAUAAUACGCUCGGUAUCUAGCAACUAUUAUAUGUUCAUCGUGUUUGAAUUCAUCGACAUGGCUGUCGGCAGUACACUCUUUCCAACUGCCUUUUUGUUGGCCAUCGAAUUGGUGGGACCAAAACGGCGUGUUGCUGCUGCGACCAUCAUCACGAUCUUCUAUUCACUGGGCGAGGCGCUGUUGGGCGUUUUAGCUCAACAAUUUCAAAAUUGGCGCAAUCUAUUACGCAUCCUCUAUACGCCAGCACUCCUACAGAUACUAUUCCUCUUUAUACUACCCGAAAGUGUACGUUGGCUAUUGAGUCAGGGUAAGGAGGAGGAGGCUACGCGCUUGCUAAAACGUGCUGCACGCGUAAAUAAACGCGUGAUACCAGAGGAGGAUCUGAAAGCUUUGGUAGCGGAAAAUCAAGCGAAACUUGAACAAGCACACGAAAGUCAUUAUCCUAUUGUGAAAGCUUUGAAAUUGUUUCGUUGGCGUAUAUUGAAUUGUUGUUUAUGUUGGUUUACUCACACUUUAGUGGCAUUGGGAUUGAGUCUCACCUCAGUCACACUGGGUGGUAAUAAAUAUGUAAAUUUCCAGCUGAAUGGUUUAAUACAAGUGCCGGGUUUGAUUUUGCCAUUGUUGAUUAUGGAUCGGAUUGGGCGACGUUACUCUCUAUGCGGCUCGAUGUUAGUGUGUGCACUCUGUAUGGGCAUUACAGCGUUGGUGGGCAAAAAUCAUAAUAUUGCUGAGUUGGUGCUAUUUUUAAUUGGGAAACUUGCAAUUACAUGCAGUUUUCAAAUUUUAUAUUUUUUCACCUCAGAAAUUUUCCCCACUAAUGUACGUAACAGUUUGCUAUCAUUUUGCUCGAUGGUUGGGCGAAUCGGUUCGAUGCUUGCGCCUCAAGCUCCACUUCUGGCCAAUUACUAUGAGUAUGCGCCACAAAUUCUCUUCGCCAGCUUCGCUUUGCUUAGCGGCACGUUAACUCUACUUUUCCCAGAAACAACUGAUAAAGUGCUACCAACAACGCUACAAGAUGCCGAACACUUGAACGAUAAAAAACACAAAAAUGCUGCAAACGUUGUUGAAUAAGUGUAAUUUUGUGCUGGAGUGACUGUUGAACUAAAUUGUAUUAAAAAAAUUUUGUAAGAAAGUAUGAUUGUGUGCCUGAAGUUUUUUGUAUAUAAAAAGGGAAAAUGUGUAAUAGCUUAAUUUUUACAAAAUAAAAGAAAAAAAUAUCAUUAACAAGAAAAUAAUGUAGCAUUUUUUUAUACAAGAAUGCACCUUCUCCAUAAUAAAAUUGUAACGAAUUUUGUU